CGUGGUAAGACUGUUCUAUCUCGUACCAUAUUUAUACAUCCACACUCAGCCGUUUUCCACCACUCGAAGAACCUUUGAUUCUAUGGUACAAUGAGCGAGUCUCCCGAUACUUCUGCCGCCAGCCCCGGCCCCCUGACCACCACACGGUCGUCAGAUCGCCUGGCGCCGCCGCCCACCACGGCUAGCACCCGCCUGCCUCCUCCAAAUGAUGUAUACUCAUCCACCCCCAACUCAAAUACAAAUCCCACCACCAGUCCCAGCCCGCCGUCCAGCCCCCGGCCCAUAACCGUGAAGAAAAACGCUUUUGUCCCCAAGCUCUACUCGAUGCUCUCGGAUCCCAACCUUUCUCUGCUCAUCUGGUGGAACGAAAAUAACGAGCAGAAGAACACCUUUAAUCUUUUACCAGGCCAGGAUUUCAGCAAGGUUCUCACCAACUACUUCAAGCACGGUAACAUCGCGAGUUUUGUGCGCCAGCUCCACAUGUAUGGUUUCCACAAAGUCAACGAUAAUAAUACCGAUAACUCUGUGUGGGAAUUCAAGCACAGCUCUGGAAAGUUUCGCAAAGAUGAUGAAGAUAGCUUGGUGUACAUCAAGAGAAGAAGCAGUUCCAACACCAAGAACGGCCAGCCGCCGGCGGCAAGCCACGCGCCAGAUCAUGGCAUGGUUUAUCAGCAGCCGGCGGUGUAUCCAUAUUAUUAUAAUGAGUAUAUGGUGCCGGUGCAAUACGUUCCUUAUAAUGUCAACUAUCCGGCGGUGUAUUCUCCGCAGUACCAGAUGGUACAGCCACCGGUGUACUACGGAGCGCCCCAGGGGAGCCACCAGGCCCCGGUGCACCAGGUGCCACCCAGGGCGUACCUGGACCCCCAGCCCGCGGUAGGGGUCCAGAUGCUCGUGCCAGGCGCGGCCCCCACAAGGCCAGAAAUGGCCGAGCCGAUGCCUCGUACCGCGCACACGUCUCCCAAGGCCAUCUACCACCGGCCCUCCAACACCCUGCCGCACACGGUACUGACCACCCCCCAUCUGCAGCAGCUCCAUCUGCAGCACCUGCACCCGCAUUCACAACUUCUGCACCAGCACCAGCACCAGCACCAGCACCAGCACCAGCACCACCCCGGUUCAUCGCCUAAGUACGCCAAGUCGUCCGCCAGAGCUUCACCAACCCCCGGCAUCCAACAGUACAACCCUCUCCAGUUUCGCAAGAUCUGGGACUCGCACAACGGCAGCGACCAGCGCCGCCAGCGCAACCCAUCGCUUCUCUACGACCCGUUGGCCCCCGCUCCCGCCCCGGCUCCCGCCCCAGCAUCUCAACCACCACUGCACCAGACCUUCACACCCCCAGCACAAUUCCCUCCUCCAGGCCAGUUUACACCCAUACAAACCCAACCACACACGGCCAUGUCGCUCCCCAUCACCCUCCCAUCUCUCGCUAGGACCAACUCCAACUCGCGCGACUUCCCACGAAGCGUGCCAACACAGCUGUCCAUUAGUGAUCGGUUCAGGCCUUCGUUGGUGGAAAUGUACAAGUUUCACGAUCUGAUCUCGACCUCCACCAAUAACUCCAUCUUUUCUAACUCCUCGUCAAUCUCAUCCAUUGCCCUGCAAAGAGAUAACUCAAUUGGUCUGAUUGUAAUUCCCAGCAAGCUGUUGACUCCACCACCACCGGUGUCCCAUAAGAUGACUGCCUACUCCCCCAUCACCCGGAGUGCUAGUUCAAGCAACCUUCCUGUACACAAAGUUACCAUCAACUCAUUGUUGAAAGAAAGAGACGAAUCGAAGAGAAGAAAGCUUAAUGACGAUUAGCUUGGUGAUGCUUUACGAUUAUAAUUCUUUGCUGUAUUAUUAGCUUGUAGUUAAUAUGUAUUAUCUUUGGAUAAUAAACGUCUAACGAUCUGAGUUCCUUUAAGUUCUGACUCCCAUCUAGAUUUUAACUUCUAGUUGGCCUACAACACCGCCACGGUGAUCUGGAAGUUUAAUCACCUUCAGACCAAAUAAUCAUCGACUUUAUACUUGCAUUCCAAGUUCCAACACGUUCAUUUGAUAUCACCUGUAUUCUUCAGGUAUGUAUGGUAGAUCAUUCUCUUCAAUAAUGCCUACAUCGGAACAGCAUCCGGUACUGCAGACGACGUUUUUAAUGCCCGAUAUUGCAGUUGCAUUUUACCGCGCGCGUGAAGUUCAUCGAAGGCGAGGCACAACUAACGAAUACCAGUGGGAGGCAGUUUUUUAACCCAUGAAACCCUGGAAUAGAUGCCAUGUAAACACGGGGCCACUCAACCGAUCGCCCAGCCAAUCAUCUCUGAGCCCUGCACCUCCAGCACAACGCUCUAACCGGUCUCACGCUGGGAUCGUCAAAUCACUUGCCGAUCAAUCUACGCCCAUGCGCAACCGCUAAAACAAAUACCCUUUCUGUAAAUAACUUGGGUUUUCUUCUUUGUUUCUAACAGUUCGUAAGCAGGUUCUUUGCGUAGAGUGCAUUUAUAGCGCACCACAAGCUUGUUUACUGUUAGCUAAUUUGCAUCCGGCACAGAAUGCUUCCGCUUCAGCUCGCCUCUAUUCCCAAUUAUAGAAAUAUUUGCGAAAGGCAAACAUCCCCUUUUCACAUCGUCAAGAACAACCCUGUCUCCUUCAGGGUAAAAGGGUAGCAAAUGCAACAUAUUUUCCACUCACUUCAGCCGCAUUGUCUUGUGCACACUUUCAGGUGAGACAAAUGAUCAAUCAGUGGCUACUAUAAUUAGUGACUACCAUAAUUAGUGGCUGCCAUACCAACUGCAAUUUAGCCUAUUGUACUUAUCACAUAUAUAAUGGCCUCAUUUUAAUGCACAACUUCUUGAAACAAAUGCACCACUGGUUUUGGCCCACAAUGAAAUAUGUACAUGCCACGCUUAAUAGUUGCGUGCCACUUGCUUAGGUCUAUUAUGAUUUUCUAUUUAUAAUUCAGAACAAAAGUUUGGGCUUUUUGGUAGUCGGACGGUUGUCUGAGCGUAGAUCAGCAUCUGAGUCCGAGUCUGAAGCAGAAGCGGUACCACCCACAUUAACUAUGGGUGCAAGGGGCUUUACUCGGUUUUUACCUAUGGGUGUGCGGAUCGUUUCUGUCUUUUUGCGCCGGUCAGAUUUGAUUUUGUUCAUAAGCGUAUUCAUAGCGCCACUCGGAGGGCCGUUGGCCUUGUUUCUUGAAAAAGCCUUGUGCAGAUCGGCGUCAAGAAACUCUCCGAGCCGCUGCGUUUCAUUUGCCUCGGCAAUACUGUUUAAGCUCUUGCCCAGCUCGAUAAUGGGCAAGUCAAAAAACUGCUGUCUGGGCUUCGGGGCCAUUUUCUGCAGCAGGCUCGGUAGCCAGCUCUGGAUCAUCGUGGUAUUGUGCUGGAGCUGCUGCUGGAAUUGGAGCUGGAGGAGCUCUUUUUUCUUGAUUUCUUCUCGCCUGCUCAUGGAAUAAGAGUUUUGUGGGAUGUGGGUUUCGAUGCUUGUUUGGGGGUUUAUGUUGGUAUAUCGUGAGUGCAGUGGUUACUGUUCGUACUGUUCUGGCUGCCGGUGAAGUGCUUGCUGGCUGUUGCUGUGCUGUGGUUGAAGGAUGGUUUGUGGAAUGAGAAGGAUUCAACUCAUCGCGAAGUUCGCGAGACACACCAGCGCGAGUUGACGAUGGCCGAGGAUGGUCACUGAAGGACCAGCCCUAGAAGGAGGCCACUCAGUGGGUCCACGUAGCUGUGUGGAGACACGGCUCUAUCACGUAGCUCUAUUUCCACAUCGCUCUAUCACGUAGCUCUAUUUCCACAUAGCUCUAUCACGUAGCUCUAUUUUUCACUCCAGAGACGGCAUACUGGUUUCAACCUGAAAACCCAUUCUUCCUCCGCCACACUCCUAGGCCUCCGCCAAAAAAUACCACCUCCAUUAGUUUUCCAACUUACAAAUGAAUAAUACAAUAUGCUACAAAUAAAUACAAAUGUAUUGAACUUCGAUCUAGUCGUGUAGGUGUACACGGAGCAUCUGCCUGAAUGAAAGUCUUUAGCGUUUCAGAUGCCCUUUUCUUCAAACAGGAAGGGUGUUGAUACCUGCCACCCGGUCAAUGGUGGGCCCCACUAACGGGUGGCUCAACAAGUCGCCAAUGUAAGGAAUUGACCGCAAGAACUGCACAAUCGUCCCAAAGAAAUCCCCAAACAAUCCAAGGAUUCCGAAACUUUCAAUGAUAAAUCCCAAAAACGACCAUUUCAUAAGAAUCAACAAGAUCCCGAUCCCGAAACACACGGUUCCUCUUAUCUUUGUGGGCCUCGUGAAGAACGUCACGGUCCGUUGUGGUCCAAUGAUCAAGAUGAUUCCGAUCACAAACAAGAUGUUUCCAAACGCCAACAAUCCCGAAUCAAAAAACGUCAAGAUUCCAAGGAGAAACAAGAUGACACCAAAGGUGGUGAACCCCACCCCGUACUCUAGUCAUAGUUAGUACCACUCUCUUUGCAUAUUCCGCAACUUAUUCACAUACUCUGUCUAUCCGACAACCAAAUCAUAGUAUCAACACUAGAAAAAGUUCGCGCGGUG